AUGGGCGAGUUCCAUAUCAACCUGAUUCCGACGUACGACGACGCUCAUAAUCUCACGGACGAUCUGCAGUCCGUGUCGUCGUCGCCGUACUCGGUGACCGUGCCCAAAAACCGACUUCGUUCGCGCAGCGACUUGUCUGAGGUCGCAGACCGAUCUGUGUCCACUGGAGCUCUGGAGCGACUGGUUCCGAACCCAAACAAGAUCCGCGUCGACCGACGUGUCGUGAGUGAUACCAAUGGUGACUCGAAUGCCAACUCGGGUCCCAGUCUCACGCACCAUCUUUCCCAUGCCAAUCUUAACACUUACAACAACAACAGCAGUACCAACAACUUGCAGACUCCGCAGAAGCUCAAGUCGUCUGUUUCCUACUCUUCGCUACAUCGCACACCCAACAACAACAACUUUGACACCUCGUUCCAGUCUCUGCAGUCCGAACAGUCGUUCCAUACCGCGCCGUCUCCAGACGGAGUGCUGUCGUCAAGUCCUAACGAGACCAGACUCAAAUUCCAGAAAAGCAGAGACAUUUUACGCCAGGGAGCCCCGUCUCCCCUCAAUCUCACGCCGGGGAAUAGAUCUGUGAACGCCACGUCGCCUCAUCCUCCGACACCUUCGGCAUACUUGUUUGAAAACGACUCCAGCCAUAAGAACCAGGAACAGCCGAGUAAACAGAGCCCGAUCCAGUACUCGUCGCCGCAUCCCAUUGGAAACGCCAUCUCUUGGAAGGCAGACGAGCCCAAUAAUUGGACGCUGGACCGUGUGCUCAUGUUUCUGGACUUGUAUCAGUUUGGCCCCGACUGGGCCCAGACCUUCACAGAACGCAACAUCGUGGAAGGGCGGUUCUUGGAGCUCGUGAGCUACCAGAAACUCAAGGCUCUGGGCCACCUUAGUCUGAACAAUGGAGAGGUGGACACUUCUCCCUCGAGAUUCAUUCAUAUCCUGCGGAAGACGCUUAACAGAGGUACAUCCAGUGGCACUAUUGACGUUGACGCGUUGAACUCCUCUCAGAGCAGUGAUGGUACUACAGGGAGACAUGCGGCAACAAGCAGCCCACAAGCGUUUACUUCUCCUCAAAUGGGCUCUCCUGUGAUCUCUCAAAACUCUCCCGUUCCACAUCACUCCCCGGCUCCCUCUGAGCCCCCUCCCCCUCCUCCGCCUCCAACGAAUUCUGCUCCUCCCCCGCCCGCAUCGAAUUCAGCUCCCCCUCCCCCAACUUCUACACCUUCAGCUGUUCAGGCCAAAGCUCACAUUCCAAACAGCCCCUCAACUUCGUCUCUGACAUCUCCGCUAGUGCCUACCACUUCAGCUCCAGCUGACAAAAUCACCCCUCGACCGCUCAAGACAAAUCGUCCUCAGCGACCAAUGACAGCGUAUGAGGGUCUCUACCGCACCAUGAAGUCACCCGUAUCUCCGUCCGGAAACUUCUUCAGACGUACUCACCAUAAGUCGUCGUCGUCUGAGUCUUCCAUUUUGGGGGAAGAUGGUCUACCAAAGGAGGAAGAGAGAAAGAGUCGAAACCUGUUUUCGAGACUCCGGCGAAGGGACAGAUCGUCUUCAAAGAACAGAAACUCGACAAUCCCCCCUUCUCCUGUGGAUCACGAUGGAGCUGCUUCUCUGUACUCCAACGAGUCCAAGGAUAAAACGUCCUCACCUACAUUGACAUCUUCAUCUGGGUGGGCACCUCCUAAACCGCCCAAAGUGCCGAUUCCUAACCCCACAUACAACCCUCCCCCGCUUCCUCCUCGGUCGGGGUCUCAGCAGACUCCUACCUCUGCUUCUACCCACCAUUCCUCGCUGUCUGGCUUCUCGGUCAACUCUCAGCCGGCACCCAGUACUCCUCUGGACCGGUACUUUACAAUCACCCAGAACGACAGAAUGAUUCUGGUCACUCUGGACAACGUGCAUUUUGUGGCCGCGGACUUGAAGAAUGUGCUUUCGGUUCCUCAAGCUACAGAUGUCAUUGCGAAGGCUUUGGGCCUCAAUACUCAUGAUCUGCGGUUCAGACUCACCGAUGUGGGUAGUGAAGCUAGUGAGAAACUCGACGAGGAAGCCCUCAGCUACUUCUUUUCUGACAACAAAGUCAUGUUAUCGAAUUACAAGCUGUUGGUCGAGUCGGCGUCUCCCUCAGCCACUCUAGCACCCGCAGUGGCUGCACAGACGUCUUCCUCAGUUACUUCUUCCCCUGGAAAGUCGAUUUACUCCCUUGAAACCCCCUCAGGGGGCACAAAGUACCCUGCCACGCCUUCCUACCUCUACACGAAGACGCAAGAGCCUCCUGGGGACUACUUUUCCAGCCAACCACCCUCCAAACCGACCCGGCAGCCUUCCCAAUCAUCUAUUCAAACUGCUUCUGACGACCAGGAUUCGUUCAAGGUAAUUCGUCCUCCUCCCAAGAAGGAGAUCAACUUUGACAACCGACGCUCAUCUCCCUACGAUACCUUGUCUCGAAACACGUCUUUUGUCGCACGUCGAGAAGCCCCCCGACGUCCCGAGUCAUCUUCUUCUGUGCGAGUAAGAUCCACGGCUGUCAACUCGUACACACCGGGUGAGUCUGAAAAGUUCAUUCCUAGACCGUAUCAUGGAGGCAGUAACCGGCUAGUGAUGCGCAAACCUGUCAGUGCAGCCUCUUCACCUGUUGAUCAGCAGUCCAACGACCCUACUGCAGCUACAACUGCGGUUUCUGCUGCCCCUCAACCGUCUCGUCUUAACCCCAAGUUGUCUGGCAACUUCACUUUUGGCCGAUCGGGACUCAAAUUCAAGGUGCCCAACUACCAGGACAAGCUGCAGCGAAGGUCCACAUCCUCCUCCGUGCGAGUUGCGCCCGAGCAAAACUUCCAAGAGAACGAUAUCUCGUUUGACGACAUUCAGUUUGACGACGAUGAUGAUGAGUCAGAUGAUGGGCUGUGGUCCAAGAAGCUGACCAAGCCGACGGAGGCGGUCUCUUCGACGGUCUCAUCCACGCGCUCCUCCACUUCUUCGUCUUCAGACGUCUGGGCCGUCCGUCCUCCUGCUGAGGUUGUUUACGACAACCUGGAGCGGUUCUUCCCCAACGCCGAUCUCGAUAAACCGAUCAUUGACGAUGUGGAGUCACCGCCCACGUCGCCUGACAAGCGCGAGACGCUCGACUACGUGAAACCCCGUUCCAUGAUCAUUGACCAGAGUCAGAACGACCGAAAGGCCACUAUCACACCUCUCACCUCCAAGAUCAAGGAGGAGGGCACGCUGGAGAAGGAGGAGAAGACUCCCGCGGCAAAAUUCUCGCGAAAAACGGGCACCUCCCGUAUCAAAUCGAUCCGAGUGGUUGCCAGGGAGGCAUCCGAGGCCCGGAAACGGUUCUCCACGUCAUCCACCAAGUCCACAAUGACGAAUCCGGCUUUGCUGCGACGGCGAUCGACGAAAAUGUGGGGCCAGAAGGUGGUGGAAGCUACGCCCAACCAGAUCAAGAAGGGCCACAUUUCUACUGUGCGCGACCAGCGGGGCCAUCUCAAGAAGUUUGUAUGGGUCAAGGGUGAGCUGAUUGGCGUGGGUACCUUUGGUAAGGUUUAUCUGGCUCUUAAUGCCACCACUGGAGACAUGAUGGCAGUCAAGCAGGUUGAGGUGCGCAACAAGGCUGCUGCUGAGGUCGGUGUGGGUGCCCUACAUGCCGAAGUCGGUACUAUGAAGAACCUGGACCAUUUCAACAUUGUGCAGUAUCUAGGCUUUGAAACCAUGCAGGACCACACUUACAACCUGUUUCUGGAGUACGUGCCUGGAGGCAGUGUGGGUUCUUGUUUGCGCAACCAUGGUCGGUUUGAAGAGAACAUUGUGCGAUUCCUUACGCGGCAGAUUCUUGAGGGUCUAGCGUAUCUGCAUGGCUGUGGCAUUCUUCACCGAGAUCUCAAGAGUGACAAUCUGUUGCUCGACCUGGACGGAGUGUGCAAGAUUUCGGACUUUGGCAUCUCGAAGAAGUCUCGGGACAUCUACUCCAACGACGCCGAAAUGUCCAUGCAGGGCACGAUUUUCUGGAUGGCUCCCGAGGUGAUUCACAAUGUCAUCCACAAUGAGAAGCAGGGCUAUUCCGCCAAGGUUGACAUUUGGUCUCUUGGAUGUGUUGUGCUGGAGAUGUUUGCCGGACGACGACCGUGGAGCAACGAUGAGGCUAUUGGAGCCAUGUACAAACUUGGAAAUAGCCGGUUGGCUCCUCCUAUUCCGGAGGAUACCAAGACGUUUGUGUCGGAAGAUGCAAAGGACUUUUUGGACAAGUGUUUUAUUAUUGAUCCGGAACAACGACCGACAGCUCAACAACUAUUGGACCAUCCCUUUUGCACGCUGAGCCAAGACUUCAACUUCUUGGACACGUCGCUCGCCAAGGUGAUUCGGUUCAACGACAAACGACCGAUUCAGGAGUCGUGA